AUGGACGAAACAGCCUCGACAGGAGCGGUCGCCAAUUGGGCUGCCACGAGAGAAGAAGUUAUAGAAAUGGUGGCCAAGAUCAUCAAGACCGAUUUCGACCCGGCUGAGCCGUUCAAGGAUCCGCUCACGGGCACCGUUCGCACGGUCGACCAGCUGAGGCUGGACUUCUGCCAAGCGCUCUAUGGGUUUGAGUCUGCUCCGUUCACAGUGCAGCGAAUCGCAGAGCUGACCCUGGAGCCUACAAAGCAUUUUGGAAGAAAAGAUGUUAUCAAGUAUUUACAUGCGCUUCUACACAAUGUCCAUGUGACGUCCACAGUGAACGACUUUGACGCAGAAGAAGAUAUAGACCACGAAUCCGAGCGUGGGGUUGUGCUCUCUGACAUCGAGUGGACGUCUUCGUAG